UCAUCUUUCAGCCGCUGAUGGAUCAACUCUUGGUCCGACUCCUUGGACCUCAAACCCUCAGACAUUCCUCUUCUUUGGAGCUCUGCUAAAGAUCAUGGUGCCCCCAAGGGUGACAGCCACUGGAAUGGCUCCAUCCUCAGACAUCUUUGAGGCACGUUUGGCAGGGUGCAAAGAUCAUUCCUUGAUAUCCUUUUCAGUGGCUUUGUUGUCCGUUCUAUCUGGGUGCAGACAGACAUUUUUCUAUAAAAACCUCAUGCAUCGUUUCGUCUUGUCGUCUCCAACCCAACCAAAGGUGACCAGAAGUAUUUGACAUGAAAAGCAGGUAAAAAUGUGGCCGAGUUGACGAGCGACACGUGACUGCGGUUAUUCUGAGGUGCAGCGUUAUUCCUGAUUUAGCCCGCCUGUGCGCUCAGCCAGGCUUUUAAUUCCUGAUCCAGUUACUCAACCGUGAGGACCCUCCAGUGGCCACGCCCACUGCAUGACAGCCAGGUAAUGCAGCCGUAAUCCCCCACUGAUGCUGGCCCUCGUGCUCCUCAGCGGCUGUGUCCUUCAAGGCCGAGCUGGAAUGCUUCCAUGGUGGAGAACUAAGAAGGAGAAAAGUUUGCUUCUCUUGUAGAUGUAGCCGCGGGUUCGGGCGUUACCUCACCUGACUCCAUGGCCUCGGCAGCGGAGGACCCUCACCUGGGUCCGGGCCCCGAUGAGGAGGACGGGUCUUCGUCGGGGUGGGACUCAGACAGCAUCCUGUCCGACGACUCGGUGCUUCCAGACUACCCGCCGGGAACAUCUGAUGGGCCGACGGCAUCCACGCUCUACCAAGCGUGCGCCCGCAACAGCCUGGCCUCCCUGCGCGGGGUCCUGGAGAGAGGGGUGACACGAGAGGAGGUCAUGGAGUUGGACAUCAACCACUGGAACGGCUUGAUGGUGGCUUGCGCCAAAGGCUUCCUGGACAUCGUCUACGCCCUCAACACCUGCCCCUACAUGGACGUCAACCACCAGGACCACGAAGGCAACACCGCACUCAUGAUUGCAUCCCAAGCAGGACACGCCAGCACGGUGAUGUACCUCCUAAACUACUACCCCGGGAUAGACACAGAAGUGCGGGACUGUCGUGGUUUCACCGCCCUCAUCAAAGCAGCCAUGACGGGCCGCGACGACGUGGUGGCGGCGCUGGUUAUGGCAGGUGCUGACAUUCAUGCAACGGACACCAAGAAAGGAAAGGGCGUUCAGGACUGGGCCCUAAAAACAGGCCGCUACGAGACAGCGCAUCGCCUGCGCCGCCUCACCAUGAGGCCCCAGGCUGAGCAGUUCUGUGAACGUUACAUCCCGGAGUGGCCCGAGCUCCAGCAGCGAGUGGCCAAGGCCACGGCGGAGAAGAGCACACGAGAGAAAAUCAGCCAGCACAUCAAGACCAGGUUCGGGUUCCGAUUGCCCCGUGACCCCGAGGAUAACGGGGUUUUGGACCACAUGGUGCGCAUCACCACCAGUCUCCACAGCCCGCUCGUUUCCACCGGGUGUCGUCCACUGUGCCCUACCAGCCCCCCCGAGGUGGGCAGGAGGCGCCUGGCCGUGCCGGAGCUGAUGAAGAAGCACUCAACGCGGGAACUGGAGGAAAGUUCGGUCUGCCACAGCAACGGCUCCGUGUCGCACGCCGUUCCCUCCUUGCCCUCGGCCGAAUCCAUCGCCACCGCCUGCUGCGCCGAUGGCGAGAGGAGGGGCAGCAUCCUCUCGCUGGCCUCCACCAAGGUGGCGUCCACGUUCAUCCCCCGUGGCGUGGCCAGGAGGAACAGCGUCUUCCCUUCUGGGUGCAUCCCCCAGAUCAACAUCAACAGGCCGGUGGAGGCCACGCCCAAGAAAGAGAAGAAGAGGAAGAAGACAGACAAGGGCUACCUGGACAUCCCCAAGUGGAAAUACAAGGAGCAUAAGGAGGAGAAGAAAAGGGCGGAGAAGGAAAAGACAGAGAAGGAGAAGAGAAGAGACAGCACCAAGCGCAAGAAAUAAUCAGGACGCCUUCUGACGCUACACUUUGUUUUAGAGGGAAGCAAUAUGGAAUCAAUAACCCCUCAGGGAAAGACAUAUUUCAGUCCAAUCUAUGGGACCGCAUACACGACUUCCACCACGUGUUGGAGUGAUACGGCAUCCCAACAAUCCUGCAGGGCAAGACGGUCAAAUCAAGCUUUUUCAGGACCCGGCUUAGUCAGGAAGAUGAAGAUGUUCUCUUGUUGACCGGUGCUAACUUGUUUAUUCAUCUACCUCACUCAGGUGCUCCUACGCUGCCUCUCAAUGUAGUAUCUACUGAAUCCGAUACAACACAUGAACAUCACGUCCUUCCCCUCUGGGACCGUGUUCCCGAGGCCGCAUUCUCACAAAGACAAGCACCGGGCACUCGGCUUCUCCUCUCACUGUUAUUGUUGCUUUGUACAUAAUGUCAACGUAGUAGUCAUCAAUUAAACACAAAUACCUCUACUUGACUCAAAGAUUCUCCAUUUGACAGAAGAUCUCUGCUGAACCAAAAGCCCUAGUCAAAGAUCCUCUAUACGAGAGCAGCACUGUUUUGGAGACUUGACUGCAGAAACGUCAGUCAAAGAUCCUUUACACGACAGGACUACUGUUGGGAAGUACCUGCUAUAAAAACACUUGUCAAAGAUCCUUUACACGACAGAAGCACUCUGCUGUUUUUAAGGCCCCACUACAAAAAUGCUCGUCACAGAUCCUCUCUUUAUGACACGAGUGCUGUGCUGUUUUGAAGACCCAACCACAAAAACACACGUCAAAGAUCCUUUACACGGCAGGAGUGUUUGGAUUACCUGCUACAAAAACACUAGCCAAAGAUCCUAUAAACAACAGGAGUGCUCUAUUGUUGCGAAGGAUCAACUACAAAAACAUAACUCAAGGAGCACUCUGCUGCUUUAAGGCCCUACCACUCGUCAAAAAUCCUGUCAACAACAGGAGCAUUCUGCAGUUUUAAGGACUUUUUGUUUGUAUCGUUUGGCUUUUUCCUGAUUUCCGAGUCGCCACAGCGGAUCUAUUGAUCCUACUUUUAAGGAGCAGCUGUAGAAAUGCUUGUCAAAGAUCCUCUAUAUGCAGGAGCAUUCUGCUGUUUUUAAGGAGCCGCUGCAGGAAUGCUCAUCAAAGAUCCUCUAUAUGCAGGAGAGGAGCAUUCUGCUGUUU